AGUGAUACUCUGUAUCAGGUCAUGUGAAUCAUCAACUAGACAUUUGUGUUGGGAAAGGUCAGAGACUAGAUACUGGUGGAACUGCUUAAAUGUAUCUAACCCUUUUACUUUCUGUUAGCAAAUGAUUAUGAAGCUAAAAGAUGUGGCAUGAGUAUUGCCUCUGCGCUUGCUGGCAUCAUGGAGCUGAUUGUUUCUGCCAGACUUUCUGUGAACACACAUUUUUUGCACAUCAAAGACUGUCAUUAUUACUUCCACCACAAACUUGCUCAUCAUCAAUUGGCCAGUGGCUGGCAACUCAGGCCAAUACCAUCCAAAUUUGUAUGAGUAGACAUAAUUUCAUCCUCCAAUAGACUAACAAAGGGGAUGGCAAAUCAUUUUCUUUCAUCCUGACCCAUUGCCUUGGCUCACCUUAGAAUGCAGGAAGGCUCUUAGAGAGGCUUUGUAUGGCUACUGAAAGGUUGCCAUGACAUCCAGGCAACCCAGUGAACCCUGUCCAGAACUCCUGGUCUAAAGGCUUUGUCAUGUAUGGAGCCUCUAAUCACUCUGGUAUUUUUUUAUGACUGUGUUCAUGUGGAAUAACUCCCCUGUAUAGGAGUUGUUCCCAAUUUAAAAGCUAAAUGCUUGUGUGUUGUUUUGGUGGAGAGAGUUAAGAUGUCUUAUUUCAAGUUAUUUUGAACUUCUUUAAUUAGGUCCAUCAACACUGAACACCAAAUGUAGCCUAACAUCUGAUCUUGACAUAUAGGCCUAGGGUAAUGAAAACUUGUAUUGGUGGUGUAGACACAGGAAGUGUGUUUUACAUGUGUAUAAAGGCUAAUUAAAAAGCUACAGGAAGGUCAUUCUGUGAUUGAAUAUCAUCUAUAAUGAGACAUUUUAAAAGAAUACACUAAUUGACACUGAAUAGCCCUAUCAAUCAUAUAUAAUGUUACUUUUAAAUAGGCUAACCUAAUAGGUUUUGCUUAAUUGCUUGUUCACCGUUCAAACAUUUAGCCAAAUCUUAGGAAAUGUUGUUAAAGGAUGGGAAAUCUACCGGCCACGAAAUAGUUAAACAAGAGAGCGACCUCUGAGGAGCCCGAGCAUGUGCUGCGGACUGCUGCAGUGAAGUCAAAAUGUGUCAAUUUUCAUUGGAUGGCAGAAAGAGAGAGAGGGAGAGAGACACGGGGGGAGAGAGAGAGAGUCCGACCAAAGCGACAGUGGCCGAAAACCUGCGGAAAGCUUGGACAUUUGCUUUAUUUAAGCCGUUUAAACUGAAUUCGCUUCAUUCAUUUUCGGGAGAUUCACAUCUAAAAAUUGACGGGCCCCUGCAGGCCUCCACCUGCCCCCCCUCUCCACGCCAUCGGCCCCUUCUCUGCCAUAACAGAGGGACAACCACCACAGGGAUGGUCUCCGCGGAGAUGCCACCGGUGGCGGCGGCAGCAGCCGCGGCGGCGAUGCUCCCCGAGCCCCUGACGACCAUGUCGCGCUGGUACCUGUACGCCAUCCACGGCUACUUCUGCGAGGUGAUGUUCACCGCCGCCUGGGAGUUCGUGGUGCACUGCAACUGGAAGUUCCCCGGCGUGACCAGCGUGUGGGCGCUCUUCAUCUACGGCACGUGCAUCCUGAUCGUGGAGCGCAUGUACCUGCGGCUGCGCGGCCGCUGCCCCGUGCUGCUGCGCUGCCUCAUCUACACACUGUGGACGUACAUGUGGGAGUUCGGCACGGGCUUCCUGCUGCGCCAGUUCGACGCCUGCCCCUGGGACUACUCGCAGUUCCGCUACAACUUCAUGGGCCUGAUCACGGCCGAGUACGCCGUGCCCUGGUUCUGUGCCUCCUUCCUCGUGGAGCGGCUGGUCAUCCGCAACACGCUGGGGCUGCGCUAUCAGGAGCUGGGAGAGCCGGGGUGUGCUGGAGGAGGAGGAGGAGGAGGAGCGCAACGGGAGCAUGGGGGGAGAGGGGCGCGGAGUGCGAAUGGAUAUGUGAAGGUGGACUGAGACGGGGAAAGAAUGCGACGGCAGCAGGACUGCUCGUCUCUGACCUCUCCUGUCUGUCACUGUUAACGUGCAUACACUCCUAUACACACACACACACACACACACAUCCACACAGAAUUACAUGGAAGAAAGA